AUGAAGAGCAGAACAUUCGAUAAUUUAUUUGCGAGUUUUUUAAACAUUUCUAGCAGUAGUGGUGAUAGUAUAGAUAGUUCAAGUGAAAAAUGUAGUUCAGAAAUAAGUGUAUCAAGUUUAUCUACAGAAAAUUUAUUUGAUAAUGAAAAUAUAAAUCCAAGUAAAACAAAUAGCCAAAGAAAAUCUAGUAUAGCAUAUGAUGAAGAAAAAGAAACAUCAAAUUCAGAUUUAGAAUAUGAAAUUACUUCGAAGUAUGUUAAAUCAAUACUAAAAAAUAAAGAAAAGAAAAAAUUUUAUGAAUUUAAAAAGUAUUUAUCAGAUACUGAUGUAUUUUCUACAUUUGUACAAAUAUUCUUACAUUUAAUAAAAAAUAAAGAGGAAAUAAAAAAUCCAUAUGAUUACAUUAUAAACUUUUUUAAAUUAAAAAAUAAUGAUUAUGAUAAUGAAAAAAAAAAGGUUUUAAUAGAAGAAAAUAAGUUUUACAAAAAAGAAAAUGAAGAGCUAAAUAAUAAAAUAAAUUUAUUAGAAGUUGAGAUAUAUGAUAUACAAAAAAAAAAUUGUUGUAAUACCAUCGUGAAAAUUUUUUUUAAAGAUGAUGAUGAGCAAUUUAAUGCUAGCGACAUUUUUAAUAAAAUUAUUAAAAAUAACAAAAAAUUUAAAAUUGAACCGUCUUUUAUAUUUACAAAAGAUAUAUUUUUUCUUUUUUUAAAUUUUUUAAAUGAUGCUACUAGGACGAAGUUACAUGACAUAUUAAUUCAAAAGACAUGUGAACAAAAUCAUUCCUUUUUUUAUGAUAAAUUAUUAAAAAAGCUAAUGAAGUUUAUAAAUUAUUACUUAUCUUUUGAUAAGUCGUCUAUAAAUGAACAUCUCUAA